CAAUGGCGGGGGAGAUGCAGAUAGACACCCCGAUCCGCGCUGAGACUGGGGCCGAAGCUGGCCCACGGGGCCCCGGCUGUAGCCUCCGGCACUUUGCCUGCGAACAGAAUUUGCUGUCCCGGCCGGAUGGCUCGGCCUCUUUCCUGCAAGGUGAUACCUCUGUCCUCGCGGGUGUGUACGGGCCAGCCGAGGUGAAGGUCAGCAAGGAGAUCUUCAACAAGGCCACACUGGAAGUGCUUCUGAGGCCGAAGACUGGGCUGCCAGGUGUCGCGGAGAAGAGCCGGGAGCGGCUGAUCAGAAACACAUGCGAGGCGGUGGUUCUGGGGGCACUGCACCCCCGCACCUCCAUCACCGUGGUGUUGCAGGUUGUCAGUGAUGCUGGCUCCCUUCUGGCCUGUUGCCUGAAUGCUGCGUGCAUGGCACUGGUGGAUGCAGGUGUGCCCAUGCGGGCCCUCUUCUGUGGGGUUACCUGUGCCCUGGACUCUGAUGGGAAUCUUGUGCUGGACCCCACACUAAAGCAAGAAAAGGAGGCGCGGGCAGUCCUGACCUUUGCCCUGGACAGUGUGGAACGGAAGCUGCUAAUGUCCACCACAAAGGGACUGUACUCCAAUGCUGAGCUCCAGCAGUGUCUGGCUGCAGCCCAGGCUGCCUCGCAACAUGUCUUCCACUUCUACCGGGAAUCCCUCCAGAGGCGUUACUCCAAGAGCUGAGGCAGGCAGGCCAGGGCCCUCCUGCUGCCACUACCCACAACCUCCCGUGUGAAAUAAACCGUCCACCCUGCCUGGCCUCUCUGUCGUGUGCUUUUGUGAGGCGAUGGUCCCAUAGAUGCGGGCGUUCUUGCAGGGUAGGGGGACAGAGCCCGGCCCCCGAUAUGUCGAGACAGCCUGGGUACAGCCCCCAGGCCUUGGAAGCAGGGCGCACUGACCCUUGAAGGAUCACCUUGAUAAGAGCUCACGCUUAGUGGAUGAAUGAAUCAGUACGCAUUCAUCCCAACAAAUAGCUGUUGAGCACCUACUUCGGGCAGGCCUUCUUAGGACCUAGGUCCCAAAUUCAGGGAGUAGUGGAGAGACAGACAAAUAAAAUCGGUCUUUAUCAGACAGGGGUGAAUGCUAUGAGAAAAUGAAAAGUGGGGAAGCAGGGUAUGGAAGAGCUGGU